AGGCGGUUUCCCUUUCGCCCCAUCGUCCAGUAGAACAAGAAUAGCUAUGGGACAGGCUUUUUCUAGAGUCAAAAUGGCUGAUCCUGACCUCGAGAAUAGCAACAAUAACAAUGUCGAUAUCAAUAAGCACUCCUCAACCUUUUAUGCGAAGAGCUCAGCCAAGAGCCUCAGCAUCACAAGCACUGGUAUACCGCAUCGAGAUGGAAAGUCAGUUGUUGUGUUUUUACCAGAGCAUAAUUACUAUGGUUAUGAUCAUGAUGAUGAUGAGAUGAAGGCGGCUGUAGUGCGUGCCACUGAAGUAUAUGAGUUGUCUAUAGAUGUUAAUUGGCCCACCUGGAUAGGUAUCUUUGUCGACUUAACUCCAAAUGUAGCAGGAUUCUACCUCGAACGCUUCACGAUAAACUUGUCACCGUCCGACAGAGAUAAAAGCCUCCUCGCGCUGUAUUCCAGACGGGUACUCCAGACCCUUUCAGCACUGCACUAUAUCCACACCCAUUCAGUAUUUCUUUCUAAUUUUGGAGCUAAUUCCAUCUGGCUACGAGCCGAUAUGUCUAUUGCUGUAACUGUGUUUAUAGCUACAGUCAUCCCCACGCCAAUUCCCGGAUAUGACGACCUUGGUGUUGAAACUAACAACUGUGAAUACGUUCUCCAGACGCCAGAGAACGCCUACCGCUCCGGAUCUCUAGAGUUACUUGAGCAUGGUCAGCCUGCGUUCGGCGCGGCGCAUGAUCUAUUUGACUGGGCCACAUUUAUGUGCCGGCUCUUGACCAACUAUUAUUCAACCUGCCCUCUGCCGCGACCCGGCGGCUAUCAUACAUCGCCUCUCAUGACAAUGGACCCAGCGUCCUGGAAGGAUUUUAGCAAUGAUAGAAGGCCGUGGAAAUACGAAGAGAAAAGGCAAAAGGAGGGCGCGUGGCACGUACUUGAGGAACAGAGACUCGGAUAUAGACUUGUGAAGCGUGGAAUCGAUACCAUGGCAAUGCUUUAG